AUGCACUCAAUCCCUGCACGUCGUCCUUUACCCAAAUUGUCCUCCAAAGUAAAGAAAGCACAACCGACGCGAAAAGUCAAGAAAAUGACUCGUUUAACUCGUGAAGAGAAAGAAGAACUCUCUCGUCUUGCCUCGAUUCUUCCACCUUCACUUCAAAUCUCAAAUCCUCAAGCCGAGCCGACGAGAGUUCUCCAAGACACUGUUGCCUACAUUGAUGAACUUCUUCAUCUCGUCUCCACGCGUGUCAAUCAAGGAACACUGCCCAGAGAAAUCCUCUCUCAAAUCACACUUCCCACUCAUCUCAUCAACCCAUCACCACCACAAAAGACAAGGAAAUUCGAGAAAAUGAAA